AUGUCGUUGUACAGAAAAUUUAUGAAAGAAGUAAUUGCAAAGAAGAAGCCUACGAGAGAUGAACAAAAGAGAGUAAUUGAAAAGUGCGGGAGAAUCUCACCGGAAAGGAGAAUCCCAAUUAAGAAGAAAGAUCCUGGAGCAGUUGCAAUACCAUGCACCAUCAAUGACAUAAAUUUUCCCAAGGUUUUGAUCGAUUCAGGUGCUAGUGUGAGUUUGAUGCCUUUAUCCAUUUUCAAAAAGCUGGGUAUUGGAACAGUAAGGGGAAAAGGAAAAAAGCUGAAAUUUACGGAUCACACCAUCAAACAAGCGUACGGGGUGGCUGAAGACGUGUUGGUGGAAAUUGACAAAUUCAUUUUUCCAGUGGAUUUUGAGAUCAUGGAUAUUCCGGAAGAUGAAGAAACACCUAUCAUUCUGGGUCGACCAUUCAUGCGUACUAGUGGAUGCAACAUUGACAUUGAAACAGGUGCUCUGACCCUGAAAUAUUUUGAUGAGAAGGUAACCUUAGAAGUGCUGAUAUCAAGAAACAGAGUGAAGGAAAUGGACAUCAACCUAUAG